AUGUCCUUUCUCAUGAGACUGAAGCAGGGAGACAUGCGUGCAGGGAAAGAGGGACGCCUCGUGUGUUUUGUACAGUACCUGCAAGAGUCGGUUUUUGGGCUGCUCCACUGGGCGCUGAUAGCAGGCUCCUAUGUAGUGGGAGGAGCGUAUGGCUGGGUAUUGUUUGUCGCCAUCACUCUGUGGAUCCUCACCACCGUCCUCUUCUUCGUCAUCCUGUUUGGUGUCACACAAAAACUGCCUGCUGUCCCAUGGCCCCUGACGGUGAUGGUGUAUUUUAGCGCAGCCACAGUCCUCUAUCUCACUGCUUUCAUCACCAACGCAGCUCAUGUGAUUCCCUACCACUGGUAUAUCUAUGGACGAUUGGCAGCUGCUGCAUUCUUUGGUGCUGCGGUCACCUUGGUGUACGCGGCCAGUGCUUUCUUCUCCUACUUGGACUGGAAGGGGGACGGAGGAAACGCCGCCACCAACACAGUGCCGACUUAGGGCUGUGCGGCCAGCGGUGCCCCUCCCAGGAACAACGCUCACAAAACUCAGAUCCUGACUGAGGCGAACCCUGAUAAUAACCACGAGAUGAAACCUGUUCCAGGUGGUUUAUUGUUUUAGCCAUCCCAGUAACACAGUAAAUAUACUGUAUUAAUACUACGAAAUGUAAUAAUCCCAGAUUGCAUUAAAAAUACACUUGAAUUAUUAUGUACAUAAAGUUAUAAAUUUC